ACUCCCGCGCAAGCCUUGAGCCAGUCCCGCGCCACCCACCGCCGCGCGCGCACGGCAGCCAUCUUGGAAAACGCUCCGAAAACGCUCCGGAAACGCUAGUGUUUGUGCAGUUGUGAAGGAUAUGUGAACUCUGAUCUAAAGUGAAAGUGACAAAGUGUGGUUAUCAAGAUGGCAGCUUUUAAGUUGAUGUUGUGUGUGAGCUUGCUUCACGGAGUUCUUGCCAAAGGAUCCGAAUCCAGGAUAGAAUGCACGCCCGAAGUGAUGAAGGUCACAGUGCCCAUGGAUGGGGACCGGCAGCUCUCAUACCUCGACCAGCUCAAAGAAUAUAAGCCAUGCAAACCAGCGAUGGAGGACAACGUGGCCACAUUUAUGUUGGACCUCCAGGACCCACACACUUGUGGGGUCACUAGGGUGCUCAACAAAGUUACCGGCAAACGCACCUUCUACCACAAAAUCGUGAUAGAAACGGCGGGCGGCCACGAAACGCACACGGUGCGUUGCGUGGUGGCUGGCAAACGCGUCGCUCGCGCCGUGGACUUCCCUUUAGAUCUCAUCGAACCUGAUGUAAUAAACAUCACAAGAAACGAGCAGGGCUAUGGACCUGAUCCCAUCCUAGCAGCAGUUGUCAAGCAAAAUGGACGACAAGUGACAGGUGAGAUCUCCGUGAGCCCGGGGACACCUCUGUCCAUGGAAAUCAACCUAGACGAGAAAUCCAAAUCGGUGUACGGGCUCCUGGUCAACUAUAUGCACGUGACAGACACUGGGAAACAGCAGGAGACUAUCAUAUUUAAUGGUUGUUCCGUCGAUCCGUAUCUAUUCGACAACUUCAUAACGACGGACGACGGCGUGCUGUCGGCCAAGUUCCGAGCAUUUAAGUUCCCUGAUACGUCGUACGUGCAGUUCAAGGGCACAGUUACUGUGUGCCUUGACAAGUGCCAGGGGGUACAAUGCACCAACGGUGUGACAGGCUACGGUCGCAGACGCAGAUCGAUCGCCUCCAGUGACAACUCCAACAAGGUGUACGAGGUGUCGCUCACGACCUUCAUCAAGGUCGACUGGAAGGAGGGAGAAAAACAGGCAGAAGACGUCUUAGCCCUUCUCAAGAAUUUAAAAGUGGCGAAUCAACGGCUAGAAGACAACGACGCCACUGAUUCCAGCCCCAUUGUCCUAUACCCUGAAGAAAUUGUAGCUCAUGGCUCCGCUAAUGCAUUAAAGUGCAGUGUACUUGUAGCUUUAAGUUUAUUAUUAGUUAUAUUCAAGUAAAAUUUGGAUUUGGAAUGGUAAAAUAAGUUUAUAGACUUUGCUCUGAUUGCAACGAAUAUAGUCUUUUCCAUUGUGAUCUUAAAUAACUGAAAACUAAUAAUAACUCGGGUUAUUCCCACUAGUUACCACGAAAUUGUUACUACGGGGAAUUUUUUUCCCACCUUUAACUGGGCAACUUAUUAAAUCACUCUAAAUUAUAUAAUAUUUAUACUGUUUUAUUAGUAUUUUGGUGGAAACUACUAGAAAAAAAACUCUCCUGGUGGUAACUAUCUGGGAUUCUUUUUCCAGUAGUUACUACUGGUACCAAUUUGGUGGUAACUAGUGGGAUAACCCGAUAUGUCUUACUGUAACUCAGCCAAUGAUAUAAUUCUACAAAUACAAAAAGUUGAAUCUCACUGGCGAAAUGAUGAAGUCACGUGUUUGAUUUGUUUAGAUUAGUUUAAUGUACUAAUGGAACUAUAGGCAGUGAUAAUACAUAGGUACAUAUCCUAUAGGAGCACUUGGCAUGAAUACUUAGAUCUAACUCUUAGAUGACUAGUAUUGGAGACGUCAGGAUCUGGUGUUUACUAAAUGAAUACUUAUGGGAUCUACCACACCGAUUGUGUGCAAAUGCUUCGUAGAUACAUAAAAACGACGUGUCAUUGGGUUAAAACAAUGAGAUUUGAUUCGUGUAGUGCGUUAUUUAGUUUUCAGUGACUUUUGAGAGAAAAAAAUGCGCAAUGAGAGCUUGUAAAAACUGUAGUACUGUAGAUAAUAUACACAGAGAUGAAUGUAGAAUCUUAAACUUUGAGCAUUGAUAAAGUGCUAUUCAGAUCUCAAACUGAAUAUGUUGUGAACUCUGUGUUUCACAUUCUUAUUGUCGCAUCAUGUUUUACAAUGAGGAAAUGUAAUCUAUCGAACUAUAUAAUUUCUAAACUACUGGUAGAAUUACGAGUAGGGAGGUAAAACCUUUAGACUGGCCCGACUAUUUAAUUUAUACACAAAAAUAAACAUUAUAUAAAAUUUAUAGCAGACUGUGGCAGUCAAAAGUUUAAGGAGUAAGACUUCUCAAUCACCUAGUUUUGGUUGCUGGUUCAAGUUGUGAGAAGUGUACGAAAGUGGACGAACGCCCGAAACCGCUUUUCCAUACAAACGUAGUCCCAAUCGCCCUCUCUGAAUAUCAACUUAAUUGAAAAAAAUUUGGCAUAAUUAGAUGUAGUUAUAUUAAGCACAGCCAUGCCAGCUCGUUCGGGCUCGGUUUUUCGAUGUUUCACUUAUUAUAAGAGUUUUUCGUUCGAAUCACAUAGCUGUGUAUUAAAAAUAUUUUUAAUAAUGUAAAUAUCCAAGGAGGAAAAGAAGGACUACUUUUGUAUGGAGAAUCGAUUGUCCAAUUUCCUCUUAAAUUUAAGACGCCUUAAAAAACGGAAAGCGGAAAAAAACUAAUUUGUUUAGCAUUUGGUAUGUGAAUUCUGUGUUUGGCCGUAAAUUGUUUGCUUUAUACCCUAAAUGGUGUCAUAGAUAAUGCUUCAUGACCACGUAACGCAUACGUGUCGUCGUGCGUUAAAUAUGGUUUAUGUAUUGCUGGCAUGUGUAAUGUAUGUGUGCUAAAAAAAAGUAAUGUACUUUGAAUGGAACAUAAUGUAUAAACAAAAGACAUGUAAUAAUAUAAUAGAGAUACGUAGCAUUACGGACCAAUACCUCGUUGGGUAACAACGAAUUUAAUUUUAAGUGAUAAGUGAUUUCUAACUUAGUGUUAGGUGCCUUUUAAAUUAACUAUUGCUUUUAAUUGGCAUUUUCGCAAAACGUUGAACAAUUUUAACCUUUUCGCCGCCAGGGAAAUAAAAUCGAUGUGGCACCCCCACGCCACUCAAGUUUUAUGUCGUACUCUUUCAACUUCGGAUGCAGUUGCUGGCAGGUGGGUGGCAAUAUCGAUGAACUUGAGUUCGAGUUGUUGGCGGCGAAAAGAUUAAUCGUUUAUUUUAUGGUUCUUUAAGCAAUUUAUAAAAUAUUAGUAAUUAAAAAUCUAUCAUACACUCAAAUAAUGCAUCCCUAUACUAUAUUUAAAAAGACAACAACAAUUAAUGAGGUUUUAAUUUUUUUUUAUUAAAGAGAAUGCCGUGCCCAAAACUGAAUAAUUUAAGUCCGCGAGUUUUGGUGGUGUCAAUGAAACAACGGUUUUGCGAAAAUGCUGAUGUACUAUACGAAUUAAAUAUACUGCCAUUUACAAUCAUUUUCUACAUCACAAACGUUUUAUGUACUUACUCACUUAUUUUUUACACGAAUCCACAUUCGAUGUAGGUACUUACGUCUAUUUUUUUUAAUUACCUAGUAAGUGCCUACAUAGAUAUUCUAGACAUAGAUAAUCAUAAUAAGUUCACUAGUCUUAUCAUAAAAAAGUAUUGUAUACAUAAAUAGACCAAUCUGUCUAAUAACUUUUAAUUUUUCCUUUACAUUUUACUCAGUAAAAUAUUUAAAAUGAAUUGUUCGUACAAUAUUGUACACGACCAAUAUUUUUUAAGUUUAAUUCUAUACUUUAUUCUCAUUUGGCCAUAUUUUCUUAGUAAUUGUGAUUAAAUAUGUAAUGUAAUUGAUCAUUAAAAGAACUAAAUCAAAAUGCUUUCUUAAACGAAAUAAAAAAACUUUAAUUCAA